CGCGGGGUCACCGGGGGUCCCGCUGUCAGACGCCCGAGACUGAUGGAGGGUCUUAAUCCUGACAGUGUGACCGAGAUGGAUCAAGUGAAAGAGGAGGGCUCACUCGUCAAGAAUGCCUCCUGUGACUUGUGAAAACAGGCAGCCGACCAGGAGAGCCCAGCAGUCUGCAAUCCAGCGAGCCCAGCGAGCAUCCAGCCCCCACGCUGCCUCUGUGUGUUGACUGUGUGAGGACCCCGGAGAGGAGACCACAUCAGGAACAAGUGGGGGGGGGGCACCAGGCGUCCAUCCUCACGGCGCGGAAGCUGAUGAGCAGUGAAGUGGAUCUUCAUCAGCUGUGAUUCUCAACGAUUUGGACCAGACUUUUCACGUGAUUCUGUCCCCAUCAUGGACCAGCCGGCCAGCAGCUGCAUGAGGAGCGCCCACCCCGGCAGCCCCAUCUGGGGUUGCAUGAGGAACCCUCACUCCGGGGUCCCGGGCCCCAACCUGCAGUCGCCCUACCAGCAGGCCCCGUUCUCCCUGCACCAGAAACCCGACUUCCUGGCCUACACGGACUUCUCCAGCUCCUGCCUGGUGCCGCACGCCGCCUACCCCCGCGACGACAGACUCUACCCGGAGAGCCAGGGAGGGUAUCAAAGGCCCGAGUGGCACUUCAACCCCUGCGAAACUAGGGCCCGGGCCCCUGAGGCCUGCCCGCCAGUGGCCGCCCCAGCGGCCGUGGGAGAGGGCGUGGGGCCUGAGCUGGACAGUGUGGGGGCCGAGCGGCUGCCGGGGGCCGUGCCCGGGUGCCCCGAGGGGGAAUAUUCACCCCAGAGCGUGGCGUCGGCCGACUCGGACAAGAAGAGCACCAACAAGAGGAAGAGAGAGGUCACAGACACGCCAGAGUCCGGCUUUAAGGCGGAGGCCAACUGCAAGGCCAGGAAGGAGCGCACGGCGUUCACCAAGGAGCAGCUGAGGGAGCUGGAGGCAGAGUUCACCCAUCACAACUACCUGACCAGGCUGCGCCGCUACGAGAUCGCCGUCAACCUGGACCUCACCGAGAGACAGGUGAAAGUCUGGUUCCAGAACCGGCGGAUGAAGUGGAAGCGAGUGAAAGGAGGACAGUCGUCUUCGCCCAACGACCUGGAGAACGACGACAUGGACUCGGCCGCCUCGCCCAGCUCCGACUGAGGUGGCGAGACGGCGCUGCGUCGGUCAAGCGGACGCCAAGUUCAAGCUCCUCUCGACUGGAUGGAAUCAAACAAUUGUAAAGACGUUUUUUGUUGUUUUUUUUUUACACACCUGUGUGCUUUCCUCGUGUGCAAAGCUGACAUGUGCCCAUCAUGAGAUGCUUGCUGAUUGGGGUCAUUGGAGAUCAGCGACAUGCAGAAGCUUGGAUGAUCCUGCAGGUUCCUUCAUCCUCAUCUUACAAGCAGAAGGACUCAAGACUGCACAUUUAUUGUCAGUUUUCUCUUAAAUAUAUAUAUAAUAUCUAUCUAUCUAUCUAUAUACAGUAUAUAUAGAUAGAUAUAUAUUACAUAUAUAUCGAUAUAUAUAUAAUAUAUAUAUAUUUGCUUUCUCUCAAGUGUUUUGGAACUUUUCUCUCUUUUUUAUACUUUUUGAA